AUGCUAAUCUAUUGCCGUCAAAAGAUGUUUAGGCUUAUGCUGCGUCUACUAUUGAUAGAGCGCUGCUACAACGUCUCCUUGAAAAGAUUAUUCCUGGCUAAGACUCAAUCGUCUUCGUCCAUGUUCAGAAAGGAAGAAAGGGAUCGGGGGCUGGGACACUCUUCCAGUGACCAUCAUUUGCCCACUACAAUGUCGACAGAACCACCCGCCUACCCGGAUAUCCCAACUCUCUACGACGAAACACACCGUGGAAAAUGGCCUUUCCAACCUGAGGUCGCUACGGUGGGCAACUCGGCCAAUAUGCUUGGAUAUUUAGAGCAUCACGCCUCGACGACGGACGGCAGUUUCGCGAUUUGUAUGGCGGGUGGAUCGGAGAACCUUGUGUCGCAAGCACUUUACGAGUCGAUCCCGGAAGUCCACCGUCCACCUUUGAACACAGAACACGCAGGUGUCGAGGUGUCAUUCAGCAUCUUCGGAUCGUCGCAGAAGGCAAUUGGAAGUAUUAUCAUGCCCAUCAUCCUCACCGACGCUGAAGGGAAUACUCAAUUCCGCAUCAAGCUCUUUGCCCUGGUCAUGCCCGAGCUUUUGAUGGGGAUGUUCAUUGGGUACGAGUCAGCAGGGGAGUACUGGCGCAGCGCCUUGCAUGGUGGUGGAAAGGUUGUCUACGAAUUCGAAUUCAAGCCUGGUCAGAUUACGAAGGUCGAGUAUUGUCGAUCACACUGA